GUAAAUUUUAAUAUAACCAUUAAACGCAAUAAAUUUCAAGUGAGAACUUGAGUUCGUAAUGACGUGACGAGUGACGACUGACGACCCGUGUUUACAUUGACAUUUGACAUUUCGUCUGGCUGUUUACAUUCUACAACACAAUGUGGUAUAUAACCUAUAAAUCGACAUAUUAACAAGUAAGAUCUAGACUACCAAUCUAAAAAUAAACAGACAAGCUAACAUCUGCAUUGGAUGUUGAAAUCGAAUUUAGUCCCAAACCUAUUACGCGUACGGCUUUUCGUUAGCGCAAAUAUUUAUCUUCAUCAAUAUUUUUAUUCCAAACGAACCAUGUCUCUAGAACAAGCAAAACAAGUAGCAGCAUAUCGAGCAGUUGAUGAAUUUGUCCAAAACAAUAGCAUUUUUGGCGUUGGAAGUGGAUCAACGGUAGUGUAUGCCGUGCAACGUUUAGCAGAGCGUGUGGAAACUGAAAACCUUAAAGUUAUAUGCAUUCCUACAUCAUUUCAAGCAAAACAAUUGAUAAACAAACAUAACCUAGUGUUGGGAGAACUUGAUACAAAUCCUGAGAUAGAUGUUACCAUAGAUGGUGCCGAUGAAGUUGAUUCAAAUUUGACCUUGAUCAAAGGAGGUGGAGGUUGUUUAUUACAAGAAAAAAUUGUAGCAUCAUGUUCAAAAAAACUUAUUGUAAUUGCCGAUUACACAAAAGACUCCAAAAAAUUAGGUGAUAGAUAUAAAAAAGGUAUACCCAUUGAAGUGAUUCCAAUGGCCUAUGUUCCUAUUAAAAAUAAAAUUAUUUCAUUGUUUGGAGGAGAAAUUAAAUUAAGAAGUGCUGUUGCCAAGGCUGGUCCUGUAGUAACAGAUAAUGGAAAUUUCAUUUUAGACUGGAUGUUUGCUGAUCAAGAUUUGGAUUGGGAAAAGGUAAAUAAUGCCAUUAAAAUGAUUCCUGGAGUUGUAGAAACUGGAUUGUUUGUCAAAAUGUGCUGUAAAGCAUACUUCGGGCAGCCUGAAGGCACUGUAAAGGAAACAAAUUAAAUUAAUCUUCUAUAAAAUCUACAUUAUAAAAGUUAUUAAAGAAUCUAUAGCUUAAGCAAUGUUCUAAUGUAAGUAAACUAAAAAUUCGAUUUUUUUAUACUAAGGACUGGGUCCAUACUUUUUUCUUUUCAGUUUAAUAUCUCAGUAAGCACAAAAAAUUUUUUUAUAUAUAUUUAUUACUUCUACUACAUUAAAAACCAAAACUUCUAAGACCAUUAUUUAUUGUAAAAAAACCAAGAUAAUCUUUAUUAAUAAAAAUUGUUAAAUUUCAUACUGGAAUAAAUUUUAAAUAAUAAUAUUUAUUCCAAUGUAAAUUUAGUCAAUAAAAAUAUGAAUUGCGAUACAAAACAUGUAUCAAACUAAAAAGUCCAUAGUCACAUAUUAUAAGUAUGUCAUUUAUAAUUUUAAUACUAAACUAAAUUUUUGUAUCUUUACGUUACAAAUAAAAUAUGUGUAAUAUGUUUUGAGAAAACCAGUUUUAUAAUUCAAUAUGAGUUAUUUUGUGCUGAAAUUUAGCCAUGACUGUUGAGUAUAUUAUUAUUUCAUAUUAAAGUUUACACAAAGCAUUUUACAGAAAAAUAUCUUUAAGUCCAGAGUGAUUGUAAUUACUACAAGUGAUGAGUGUAUUGCUAUAUUAUAAAAGGAGUUAUAAAUAAUGUGCAAAUAAACUUAUGAAAUUAA